ACCAAACCAAAAGACAUUUCUUCUCAAAGCUAUGACUGCCAACGAACGGAGACACCAGAUCUGGAAGCAGAGUUCUUUUGGGGGUUUUGUUUAUCAACUGAAAUUGAGAGAUUUGUUUCGACAAAUCAAGCAGUGGGAGAAGAGAUGAGGUUAACAUCCGCGGUUCUCUAUUGUAUCUUGAUUAGUUGAGGCAGUGGUGGUCAAUUCUACAACAACAACAUCAAUUGAAAUUAGGUUAUCAUAUGGAUCAGUUUCGGGGGAAAUUUGUGGCUGGUAUUAGGGUCUUCAAUCAACCCAGACACAACAAUUCUUUUUUUGCAGUUCAAUUGCUCUUAAUGAGUGCAGGCACUCUUGGUUUUUGUACAACAACAAUGGAUUAUUAACGGUGGAAAUCAGUGAAGGCAACAAAUGGAUUUCAGGGGAUCGUACUCGGACUGAAAUUGGGUAUCUUUCGCGAGCUCGAUCUGUGGUGUUUUAAUUCAAGCCAAUCAUUUCAUUUGUUUCCCAACAACAGCGAUUGAAUCUGGGGGUUCUCAUGUGAGGUACAGCAGCAACGAACACAGAUUUUUUGGGGUUUCCGUUGUAAUCUGAAUGGGUGAUUGAGCGACAGAAUUUGGUGAUUCAAGUUUGGGUCUUUAUGGAUGUUCAAAUGGAGGAUGAGAUUGUAGUCUGUUGUGAUGUUUAUGGUAGUCGUGUAUGUAUGGAAGAAGCAUGGAAUUUCAGAUGCCAUGUGGGUGCUAUAAAGAAGUGGAGUUUGCUGUACGGAGUGAGCAGAAAUGGAAUUUGUGUUUAGCUGUUGAUAUUUCUCGGAGAAGAAAUGGAAGCUGAAGUUAGAUUGAGAAGAUAGUUUGGGUGUUUGGUUGGGCUAAUUACAGUUUGUGGUAUCUCUAUUACUCGCAAUGGUUUCUGUUUGUUGGAUUUAGGAAGUAGUGGCCAGAUUUGGUGAAGGCCCGAGUUUGGUCAGAAUCAGAAUUGAUGCCUGGUCAGUUGAGGAAGAGAUAAAACUAUUCCCCCAAUCCAGGAAGGUUUUGAAUCAGUCAUUAGAGAUGGGUGUGAUGUGUACCCAAUGGAGAGAUGAAUAAGGCAGGAAAAUAGGGUUGAAUCCGGAAGUCAGAGAACAAGUCACAGCUGUUGUGUAUAAAGGAGGAAAACAAUCAACCGAUAAGGGGAGUAAGAUAGCUCUAAAGACUUGGCGACAUUGGGAUCUGGUACGGGUGCAGGGAAUCAGUGGCAUUGCGCCAGUUGUGAUUAGGCUGAAAUCUAGCCGCAAUCACAGCCAUUUGGGUAACAUUGUAUCCGUUUCUUGUUUCCUUUGUGUAUGCAAUAUUCUAGGUCUAAUCAAUUCAAUCGAUUAGUUAGAUUUCACCGUGUUGCUAAUAGGGUAUUAGAGAAUCACCCUAGUCAUCCAAUGACAGAUGAAGCUGCGAGAUUAGCGGCUGAGGCUGAAGCUGCUAGAAUAGCUGCUGAAUCCGCAGCCAAUGCUGAUGGACCUAGAACCCUUAGAGAUUAUUUGUAGCUGGAAAGGACUUCUACACCUUCUUGUAUAGUUCUUCCGGCUAAUGCUGGCAAUGUGUCGAUUAAAUAUGGACAGAUACAAGCACUGCCUAAGUUUCAUGGAUUGAACUCUGAGAGUCCAUACAUACAUUUGAAAGAAUUUGAUGAGCAGGUGAAGAUCAACAUACCUCUCUUGAGUGUGAUUAAGCAAGUUCCAGCUUACACCAAGUUCUUGAAGGAUCUCUGCACGGUCAAGAGGAAGCACAAUGUGCAGAAAAAGGCAUUUCUCACGGAACAGGUAAGUUCUAUUCUUCAACAUAACACUCCUCCUAAAUAUAAAGAUCCGGGAUGCCCUACUAUUUCUUGUAUAAUAGGGAUUUCAUGAUCAAACAAGCACUUCUGGAUUUGGGAGCUAGUGUAAACCUCCUACCUAUCUCGGUUUAUGAGCAGUUGGGCUUAGGUGAAUUAAAACCCACCUCAGUCACUCUACAACUUGCGGACAGAUCAAUUAAAGUACCGAGAGGGGUAGUUGAGAAUGUGUUAAUUCAAAUCGAUAAAUUUUACUAUCCGGUGGAUUUUAUCGUUUUGGAUACUCAACCUGUAGCUAAUGCUAGUAAAGAAAUACCUAUCAUCUUAGGUCGUCCUUUUCUUGCAACUGCAAAUGCCUUGAUUAAUUGUCGAACUGGAAUAAUGAAUCUUUCGUUUGGAAAUAUGACUGUUGAGUUGAAUAUAUUUGAUGCAUGUAAAGAUCCAGGCGGUAGAGAUGAUAUUCACGAAGUUAAUAUGAUUGAAACAUGUGUGCAUGAAAAAGCAUCUGAUCUAGAAGCUAAGGUUCCUUUAGAAACUUGUCUUCCUAAUCUGUUAGAUUUCGAUGAGGAUGGAUACAUUGAGGAAGUUAAUUCUUCACUGAAUUCAUCCCUGUUGCUGGAUAUGGAUAAGUGGCAUUCUAGAUUUGAGUCACUUCAAAUCAGUGAGACUGAGCCAUUGUCUCCAUCCGUAAAAUUCCCAAAGCCUAAUCUUAAUCAUCUUCUUAGUGAACUGAGUUAUGACGUUUUAGGCCAAAAUGAAAACGUUCUUAUUUCCUUACCAUCUGAACUUAAUGAGGAACACGAAAAAAUGCAUUCACAUGUUCUUAGGAAGCAUAUAAGUGUCGCAGCAUGGAGUAUUGCAGACAUAGAAGGGAUUGAUCCUAGUAUUUGCACACGUAGGAAGUCACAUCUCAAUGAACCAUGAAAUCAGGAAUGAGGGUGAUAUGAACUGCAAAUGUAAAAUGAGAAAGUUUAUUGAUAAGCAUGUUAUUAGGGAAAUAUUGGAACCAGUUCUUUGUUAUGAUUCUCAACUACACCAGUUCUCAGGUAAGCUUAAGACACGAUGGAAAGACCCAUUUGUUGUUAAAAAUGAAUUUUAUGAUGGUACCGUUGAUAUUGAGAAUCCUAACUGCAACAUCUUCAAGGUUAAGGUGAAUCCAGAAGUCGAUACCACGACUCUGGAGGAUCCUUCUUAUGUUUGACUGGCUGUGUUUUGCAGAUGUCUGGAUGGAGACAUAAAAUUCAGCGCUUUAGGGAGACAACCCUUGUGUUUGUGGGUAUCACAGCUGGAAGCCCUUGCGAGACAGACUCGUCCUCUUGUGCAAGCUUGAGGUUUAAAGGCUUGUUGCAUGGGAUAAAUGCAACCGAACUGACCUGCGACAGUGGUAAAAUAAUGUAGUUUUAUUUUCUUUCUUUCUUUAUCAUGAAUAAUGUGUUUGUGCUUGGCUGAUUACCCCAUUCCACUUUUGAACUGUUUUUAACCACUGCUACAUUUGGGACAAUGUAGAAAUUAAGUGUGGGGGAGUUUUGGGGUAAAUUAAAUCCAUGCUUUUCUGAUUCUUUGUCUUCAUAAUCAGGUUUCUUGUUUGCUUGUACAUCUGGAAAAAAAAAGUGAAAAUUUUACAUGAUAAGAUCAGUUGUUUAGCGGUCUCUCUACACCACUGUUUAGUGGUUUUGUCUAGCUGUUUAGCGGACACCUUUAAUCCAGCUGUUUAGCGGAUUUGUCUAGUUGUUUAGCAUACAUUGCUCAAUCACUUUUUAGUGGUUCCAUCUAGCUGUUUAGCAGACGUCUCUCCAUAUCCAGCUGUGUAGAUAUAAUUUUCUUGUUUUGCUCGGGACUAGCAAAAUGUAAGUGUGGGGGAGUUUGAUAAGCACGUAUGUGAUACAAUUUUACACCCAUAUUUACACUAGCUUGGUCUCGUUUAUUGGCUAAUAAUACUGUUUUAAGUCAUUUACAGGAAUUACAAGUAUAAUCUGUUCACCCGGAGAAUAAUGGCUAAAUGAGGAGCUAAAUGACGUUUGCGACAACAUAGCUCUAAAGCACCACCUAAAUCAUAUGAAGGCCAAAGAGGUCAAUGUACCAGAACAAAGAAAUUAUUUUAUUUAACGUGUGUGUGAGUUGCACAAGGGAAUACAAAUGAGACGUGGCCUACUCUAUUACCACAGACAACACAUUCUUCUUUCUACCAUACCAAAAGACAUUUUCUUCUCAAAGCUAUGGCUGCCAACGAACGGAGACACCAGAUAUGGAAGCAGAGUUCUUUUGGGGGUUUUGUUUAUCAACUGAAAUUGAGAGAUUUGUCUCGACAAAUCAAGCAGCGGGAGAAGAGAUGAGGUUAACAGCUGCGGUUCUCUAUUGUAUCUUGAUUAGUUGAGGCAGUGGUGGUCAAUUCUACAACAGCAACAUCAAUUGAAAUUAGGUCAACAUAUGGAUCAGUUUCGGGGGCAAUUUGUGGCUGGUAUUAGGAUCUUCAAUCAACCCAGACACAACAAUUCUUUUUUUUGCAGUUCAAUUGCUCUUAAUGAGUGCAAGAACUCUUGUACAGCAGCAAUGGAUUAUUAACGGUGGAAAUCAGUGAAGGAAACAAAUGGAUUUCAGGGGUUCGUACUCGGACUGAAAUUGGGUAUCUUUUGCGAGCUCGAUCUGUGGUGUUUUAAUUCAAGCCAAUCAUUUCAUUUGUUUCCCAACAACAGCGAUUGAAUCUGGGGGUUCUCAUGUGAGUUACAGCAGCAAUGAACACAGAUUUUUGGGGGUUUCCGUUGUAAUCUGAAUGGGUGAUUGAGCGACAGAAUUUGGGGGUUAAGUGAUUCAAGUUUGGGUCUUUAUGGAUGUUCAAACAGAGGACGAGAUUGUAGUCUGUUGUGAUGUUUAUGGUAGUCGUGUAUGUAUGGAAGAAGCAUGGAAUUUCAGAUGCCAUGUGGGUGUUAUAAAUAAGUGGAGUUUGCUGUACGGAGUGAGCAGAAAUGGAAUUUGUGUUUAGCUGUUGAUAUUGCUCGGAAAAGAAAUGGAAGCUGAAGUUAGAUUGAGAAGAUAGUUUGGGUGUUUGGUUGGGCUAAUUACAGUUUGUGGUAUCUCUAUUACUCGCAAUGGGUUCUGUUUGUUGGAUUUGGGAAGUAGUGGCCAUAUUUGGUGAAGGCCCGAGUUUGGUCAGAAUCAGAAUUGAUGCCUGGUCAGUUGAGGAAGAGAUAAAACUAUUCCCUCACUCCAGGAAGGUUUUGAAUCAGUCAUUAGAGAUGGGUGUGCUGUGUACCCAAUGGAGAGAUGAAUAAGGUAGGAAAACAGGGUUGAAUCCGGAAGUCAGAGAACAAGUCACAGCUGUUGUGUAUGAAGGAGGACAACAAUCAACCGAUAAGGGUACGAUUGAAUACUGCAAUCUGAAUUUUCUUUUGCUUUUUAUUUAAUUCAGUUCUUUUUAGUUCUCUUGUGUGUUAGAGUUUUUGAUUAAAUACUUUUAAUGGCUAUCUACAAAACAAUGAGAAGCUAAACCCCUCUCUGCCAAGACAAGAGGGGAAGCUUAAUGGGUUCUAGUAUUCUUUACAGUGAUCAUAAAUGAAUUUCAUGUUUUAGUCCA